UGAAGGAAUCGUAAACAUUUUGACGGACGGAAUCGUAAACACCCCAAAAAAAAUAAAUUCGAAAAUAUUGCACAAAAUUAUAAGUAAACGUUUCGCGGCGUCGGCAAAGUUACGCGCCCUAACAGGAGGGAGUCAUCGUUUGGGCUCGCACAAAGUGUCUGUGACUCGGUACAUACAGAAUUUUUCCAUUCGAAAAAUCGCACAAAUGAAGUAGUGAGGAGUAGGAGUAGCAGUCAAGACAGCAACAAGGAGAACGAACACUGGAAAAAUGCUGGAAUCGCCAAAGUUUAUUGAGAAUGAUUUAUACAAUGGGAGCCAUGCCUUUACCUGGCUGGCCGACAUGGUGGGGCUCUCUGUUGAUUUGGUAAACUUUUUAAUAUGCCAAAUAUCAGCCCUCUUCCUGGCCUCGCUCUUCCGCUCGCUGCUGCAUCCGUCCAAGGUGUCCAGCAAGCUGCGCCACACAUUCGCGCUGUCGAUGGGGCUGGCCUUUGGCUAUUUUUGCUUUGGCCAGCAGGCCAUACACAUUGCCGGUCUACCGGCAAUCUGUUACAUAGUCAUACGCACCCAAGAUCCGCGCAUUGUGCAGAGAGCGGUCUUGCUGGUGGCCAUGAGCUAUUUGCUGUGCGUGCACCUGAUGCGACAACUCUACGACUAUGGAUCCUAUGCUCUGGACAUUACCGGGCCACUAAUGAUCAUCACACAAAAGGUUACCAGCCUGGCCUUCAGCAUACACGACGGUUUCGUGCGGGAGGAGGAGGACCUGACAAAGGCACAGCAGUAUCACGCCAUUCGCAAAAUGCCAUCGGCAUUGGAGUACUUCUCGUAUGUGUGGCAUUUCCAAAGCAUCCUGGCCGGUCCACUGGUAUUUUACAAGGACUACAUUGAGUUCGUAGAGGGCUACAAUCUGCUGAAGCGUCCAGCCAGCAACGGCUCACUGGACAAUGGCAAAACGGAGCUGGUCCUGGAGCCAUCGCCAACGAAAACCGUGAUACGCAAAGUGAUUGGCAGUCUCGUGUGCGCCUUCAUAUUCAUGAAGUUCGUGAAACUAUAUCCAGUGAAGAAUAUGAAGGACGACGACUUCUUGGAGAACACCAGCAUGGCCUAUAAAUACUGGUAUGCCAUGAUGGCAACCACCUGCAUACGCUUCAAGUAUUAUCACGCAUGGCUGCUGGCCGAUGCGAUAUGCAAUAACGCUGGCCUCGGCUUUGCCGGCUACGACAAGGACGGCAAUGCCAAAUGGGAUCUAAUAUCCAACAUCAAUGUCUUGUCGUUUGAGUUUUCGACGAACAUGCGCGAUGCCAUCAACAAUUGGAAUUGCGGCACAAAUCGCUGGCUUCGCACCCUCGUCUAUGAGCGUGUGCCAAAGCGGUAUGGCACACUGCUCACCUUUGCAUUGAGUGCCGUAUGGCAUGGCUUCUAUCCGGGCUACUAUCUGACCUUUGCCACCGGAGCCGUGACGGUUACCGCCGCCCGUAUGGGACGCAGACUCUUCCGUCAUCGCUUCCAGAGCACACAGCUCACACGAAUGUUCUACGACAUUCUCACCUGUCUAAUCACACGCAUUGUGAUGGGCUAUGCCACAUUCCCAUUCGUUCUGCUUGAAUUUAUGGGCAGCAUCAAAUUGUACCUGAGAUUUUAUUUGUGCCUUCACUUUAUUUCAAUAGUGACCAUAUUUAUUUUACCCCAAUUUAUACGCGGCGAAAGGAGCGCACGCUCGUCCAAGAGUGGCGAAUAUCUGGCGACCAGCGCCAGAGUCAGGGACUCCUCACCGACCCGGGUGCCCCUGGCGGCCACUGCGGCACUGGCAGGCAGCAAUGAUCUCAACGAGGAUGAGGACGAGGAUAAGCAGGCUAAAUGUAAAGACAACACACCACAGCAGCUUUUCAUAGAGCAACAGCAACAACAGCAGAAAGAGCAACAGCACAAUGUAAUACUCCAACCACGCCCACAGCCCUUGAAUCAUCCACAGCAGCAACAGAAGCAGCCGCAGCAGCAGCCGCAACCGAAGAGUCCAAAGCCGCCACCGACCAACGCCCGCGACGCCAUUAGCGUGCCACACGACCAGUGCGAAAUGGAUCAGUUGUCCACCAAAUUGAAGGAGAAGUUCGAGGCGGAGACCAAAAACAUUGAAGAAUUUAUUGAUAAGACUGUAACCGACACCGUCAGCGGCAUUGUAGAGUUCAAGAACGAUCUAAUGCGUGACAUCGAGUUUCCCAAAUUGAAAUUGCCGAGUGGCAGUACCAUCACAGCGCCACUGGAUGCGGCUGUAGCUUCUGUGGGACUCCGCAAGCGCAACACAUCCUCUGUUCAUGAGAACGGACAACGCGCCGAAGCACCUGGUGGAGGUAGCGCCGAUCAUGCAGCUGAGGAGAACAGCGCCGCCUUCCUCAAGAAGGAGAUUGAAGUGAUCAAUGCGGUGGUACAGCAGGCCAACGUGCUCCCAGCGGUGCUCAGUAAUGGUCAUGCAAAAUAGUAUCAGCGAGCGCGAGCAAUUCUAGAGAAAGAGAUCAACAACACCAAUAACAAUGAUGACAAGGACGAGGACGUACGAGAUGAGUGCCACGGCAGGGAAUGCGAAUGAAGUAGGACCAUGGAUAGACCUGAUUGAUUUUUUUCAAACACUUCGCACACAACACACACACACAAAAUACACUGAAAUGUAAACACAGAAACAGAUAAGCCACGAACAGAUUACAUUUUUAUGGUUUCUGUGGUUUUCAUUCUAGAUCUUUGAUUGAAUUAAAAUUAAUAAGAAUUGUUUGAAGUAAAGUAACUUUUUUAAUAAAUAAGUAAACGCUAUAUACAUGCAUGCGAAUCUGGCAAGAAACAAAAGAAAUCCUACUGCAUAUGUUGAGAAUAUUUAUGUAUCUAAGUGUGUGACAAAAGUCUAAUUGUUGUUAAAACUAUCUGCAUGUUACGGAGCGGCCUACAGUGCGUUUCAAAGCGUGCACACAGUUGUACACAUAUCGCAUAUACCCCAAAAUCGUCUUUGUAAUUAAAUCUCUUUGAGAGCCUAGCUUCAAUUUCAUAGGAUAUUCGACAACUGACUGAAUUUGACUAGAAGCGUUUAGCUAUACACUAUCAGGCUCUAUCAAACUGUCUGAUGCUGCUUUUGGGACGCACUGUGCAACUCGGUCGUUUAAAUAAGAAAUCUUCCAUAUAGAAAUUUCUGUACUGUGCAGAAAUCGGAAAUAUCUACUACUAAAGCAUAUAUGUUUGCGUGUUUUCCAUAUAGUCUAUGUACCAGCCACUAAAACAAUUUUCUAAAAUCAUUAUUACUGUAGUGAAAAUCCCGCCCGAAGAACCAAUGAAAUCCUCUUACAGCUGCAACAUACACACAAGAGAAAGUCAACCAAAACUUAACUUUAGACUGAAGAUAUAUUGACAAAAAAACAAAAAGUACUAAGCCAAGGCGA